AUGCCACUGCUCAAGCGUCCACUGGUCGUUGUGGUACUGCUCAAGUUGCCAGUCCUCGUGCUCAGAUCUAUCAUCGCCAUCCAGCGGAUGCUUUUCUCACCAAGCCCAUUGUUUUGGCGGUUUGAACUGGGUGAUGAAAUCCUUCCAAAGUUGCAUACCUUGAUUGCCACAGUUUGUAAUACCUGUUGGGAGGAAAAUAUGCGCUCUCCCAAAAUGGGCCUCAAUUACGAGCAAGCAUCUAAACUUAAUUGGGCUCUUCAUGCUGAUUUGCAGCUUGGCUCGAGCUUCAGGGCUGAUAUGGCAAAGCGCACCCAAGGACUAGCUAAGCCGGCUCGCACUAAGAAUGCUCUCGAGGACACCUGGCAGGCCAUAGACGAUGCUACCAUAAAGAUUGCUUUGGAGCACAAGAAAAGUGUCCGUCGAGUGCAACAUGAAUUGCAUAUAGGACACUCGCUGCUGCAAUUGAAGCAUUCCAAGGUCAGCGCAUGGAACUCUUUCAUAUGGAAAAAAGGCCAAGACAGCAACAAAGAGAAUUACGGACACAGCAAAUAUAUACUUGAAGGGAUCACAAAGGACUUCAAAGACGAGUACUAUAGCCUUACUGAGGAGGAGAAAGCAAAUCUCAUCGAAGAUGUUACUUUUGCGACCGAAGGCGUUCAAGAGUUCAUGGAAUCUGCGAUGGGCAUCGAUAAUCAAGACCUGGUGAGCAAGCUGGAAGGUUUGCGAUACAAGGCAUGCCAGGGGCAGCAAAGAAUCAUCAGCAGCACGUGGCUAAAAUGGUCUCCAGAGACCGUUGCCAGAGACUCAAAUGCCAAGAUGCAAUGGGCGCAAUAUUGGCGGAACAUUGUUAAAUGGUACUCUGUAAUUAUCAAGGGCUGGCCAGAGCAAAUUCCAUUUGCAAAUCUCAGCGCAGUCUCUAGCUCCCUUCCCAAACUCGAGAUGCUUCUAAGGAAGUGGAAGUCUGGGGCCAUCUACUGGAAGCACCUUACUCCAGAAGAAUUAGAGCAUAUGGACAAGGAGAGGGACAAAGGUAUCGAAAAUGGUGCAAUAGCCGAGAAGCACCGUGCCAGAGGAAGAAGGUAUAUAAGAGUACAGAGAUGGUCAGCAGCUGAUGAUGAGGAAGAGAACCUUGACUUGACUGUGCCCCCCGCUGAUGAUACACCAGGAUCACCAGUGAUAUCCCCACCAUCCAACAUGUCUAUCCCCAGCACUAGCAAUGCUUCAACUCCCCCGCCCACCCCGGAUGGCACCAAUACAACUCCUGUGCUAGAGCCUAACUUCACUCAGAGCGCCAACAACCUGCCCUUUCCAGACCUCACACCUCCAUUCACAUAUCCACCCUCCACCCCCGGCAGCCUUGGGCCAGCCCCAUCUAUCCUUCCAAAUCCUCACCCAGACUUGAGCUUGUCGUUGCCUCCAGGUUUCGAAGAUUUUCUUGCGAACUUUGAUCCAUCUCUCAUGCCUUUCUAA